AUGGCCAUCUCUAGCGUCGAGCGACAUACGCUUUCCCUUCCGUCUGAACACGACAGCGGGUUUAUGAGCGCGUGCAAGCCGCUGGCACAGCCGGACGACCAAGCCGACAGCAAUGCCGCGCUAUCACUGCCGCGCCGCACGAACGGGCGCAAGCCCGUUGCAUGGCACACCGAGGCGCCCAGCGCUACUUCGAGCGACGCAAGCUCGCCGAUCUCACACGACGAAGAAAAGCACACGUCCCCAGUGAAACAAAGAAGGACGUGCGCUAGCACCGACAGCCCCGCGGCUGGAUCCUGUCCCGGCGAUGGCCUCUGCAACGGCAUGGGCGGCACCAGCAGCUGCAGCGGCUGCCCGACCUACAACAAUGUCAUCAGCGCCGCUGCGGACGAGACGCCCGCCGCGCCCAUCCACAGCGAGCCCGAGAGCAAGGUUUCUUUGGACGACAAGGAUGCGCGCCCUGCAAUCGAAGCACUGCGCUGCACCAACUGCCAGACCACCACGACGCCGCUCUGGCGGCGCGACGAGGCGGGCAAUAACAUUUGCAAUGCGUGUGGCCUAUACCAUAAACUGCACGGCACCCACAGGCCAAUCGGGAUGCGCAAGACUGUAAUCAAGCGCCGCAAACGCAUGAUCGGCAGCGCUGCGCCCGGCCCGGGCGCACCGCACGAACGGCCCACACAUGCACGCACGCCCAGCGCCGCGCACGCGAAGCCAGUGCUGCCAGAGACGUUUGCACGCGCGGAACGCGAUCGCGAAGCGGCCAUGGUCUUGAUGGAAGUCGGCACCUCGCGCUGGACGCAGCAACGCGGCACCGACCCAGGCACCUGGCCGCACGCUGCACACUACGAGAUGCGCAACGACGCGCGCGUGCAAUCGAAUGCAGACCCAAGGCUCGGCACGCCGUGGAAAGCGCGCCACAGCGUUUUGCCUUCCAUGUGCAUCGAGUCAAACACGCCGUAUACGGGUGGGAUCCGCAUCGCCGACCUGGAGCGCCUACGCGACGAGCUGUGCAUGGAGCGCAACCGCCUCGACGCGCUCCUGGAGCGCACAGAGUACACGCUUGCCGAGGCGCACCGCCAGCGCUUCGACACGCCGCGGCUGCACAGGGCCAGCGCAGACGACUCGCAAGGCAGCGAUUCCGAGCCUGUCUCGCUCCACGCGUACGAUGUACGCGAAACGCGCACAAAUAGCGACGAGGCUGCUGCGCAGCCUCUACAGCGCGGGGCAAAACGCGCAUACCCCAACGGCAUUCACUGUUUAUAA